AUGAAGCUUACCGUCGGGCUCAUCACCGCCCUCGUCGGGUGUGCUGCUGCAGCACAGCAAUCCGCCGAAGUAUUCAUCGUGCCCGCCCGCGAUGCCUCGUCGCCCUCGAUUACCCCCAGUCUCGCCAGGCUACUGCUUUUGCAACAACUUGCUCCUGAGGGUCGGGGCUUGUCCCUGAACGAUAUCCCCAAUGGCGUCGAUGUUGACCACGCUGUUUCUCUUAUCAACCGCUUUGGAAAAGCUACUCCUCCUCUCUUCUCAGCUGGCGAAUCCAAUGCACCCAGUCAGCUCGUUCUGAUGCUGGACAGUAUGAACGACAAGCAAAUGAAAGACCUUCGUAAAGCACUCGGCAUGAAACCUUCAUUUACGAUUGCGGACCCGCCCGCUGAUAAAGCGCAUCGAGAUCUGAUGGAGCUGGACUUCUACAGGGCUGGGGUUGUCGAUGGAAGCAAAUGCUCUGUUCAACAGCUGGCUAACCCACUGGAGAAAUGCUGGGGAGGCAAGCGUUCUGCUGCGGCGAAAUUCAGCGUCAAGGAGAACCCCGAAGUUCUCAACCUUGUAUCGAAACAAAUCAAGCAGCUUCUCCAACUUGCUAAAUCCGGAGAACUUCACACCACUAUCGUUGCUCUGCCAUCUUCCAAGAGCUCUGGCAAGUGGUUAGACGAGCAGCAACAAGAGCUGCGUCGCCGCCAAGCCGAACAGGUCAUUUCCUUCGAUAAACCAGAACCGAGCGCAGAGCCGACGUCCUCGCCUAAACCCGGCCCGAUCUUUGAUCCUAACGAACGCAUCAGAGCUUGUUAUGACGCCAAGGAAACCUGCAUGGAGAAAACUCGCAAUUGUUCUUCGCACGGUGAGUGCUUAGACAAGUACGCCAAUUCGGAUGGAUCUACGAACAAAAAGCCUUGCUUUGUUUGCCACUGCCAGAGUACACGAAGUAAGUCUGGAAGUGUGACGCACUGGGCUGGUCCGACAUGUUUCAAGAAAGAUGUCAGUGUUGCGUUUUGGCUCUUUGCUGGCUUCACCCUUGCCUUGGUUGGUAUUCUCUACCUGGCUAUCAGCAUUUUGUUCGGUGUUGGUGAGGAGAAGCUCCCCGGUGUGAUUGGAGCUGGUGUUUCGCGGUCUAAAUAG